AUGUCUUUGUUGUCUAGUCAAUACUCGGCAUUCACACCACUGCCGCGCGCAACCAUGGCCCUGAGAACUAUGCCUGACUACCCCCGAAGCAAAGACAGUUCCUCUCCAGAGCUGGAUGUCCUGUCUAAAUCAUGCAGCAUUUCUUCGGACAGGUCGCUAUUUUCAUCUCCGUCAACUUCACCCAAUUUCCUUGGACAUACUCACAACCAUUUACAAGAGUCCCGACAGCACCAUGAUCGCCAUGGUGCUAACAUAGAUGUGGACAAUGACAACUCGUGUCUGUCGCCGUGUACUAGUGACAUCCACAGCGAGGCGUCUCACAGUUCCCGGUCCACUCCUCGGAGUCCCAUGUCUCCACUGUCACCAGGCGUUGAGGCCGCCGCGGUUAGUGCCGACAAACCGGACAAUUGUUCAGUUACAAGCCGGGCAUUUUCCUUUUCCGUAGAGGAUAUCCUCAAGCCGGACAAGAGAAAGUCAUCGCCGUUGGCAGCGCCCUCUGGAAUCAGGUGCAGCAGCCCUAACAACUGCACCAGUCCGGCUCUUGCACCUCAUGAUCUUCGAUGGUCUUCUUUGUCCACACAGCCACAGCCGGCACACCUACAGCACCACUCAGCGAUACCUAUACAACCUCAGAUAGCACCAAUGUCCGCAUCUCCAACGACGACCCCGUCUUCAGCAUCUGCACUAACUAAUCCAACAGGACAAGGGCUUUCAUCAUGGUUUCUUAGUUCCAGGUUUCCACAGACCAACAGCGUGCCCCCGGCCCCUCGUUUGGCACCUCACAAAAUGACGCUGAGAAAACACAAGCCUAACAGGAAACCCAGGACGCCCUUCACGACGUCACAACUCCUGGCACUAGAGAGAAAGUUUAGGGAGAAACAGUAUCUCAGCAUAGCAGAGAGGGCAGAGUUCUCCGCCUCCCUCACCCUGACCGAAACACAAGUGAAGAUCUGGUUCCAGAACAGAAGAGCCAAAGCCAAACGUCUUCAGGAGGCAGAACUGGAGAAGCUGAGAAUGGCGGCCAAACCUAUGAUGCCUCCUCUGCUAGGGAUGGGAUUUCCCAUGAGUCUCUAUGGACAGUUUCAACGCGGACCUAUCAUGGCGCAGGGUGUCAUGUCACCAUUCUCUAUACACAACACUGGCGGUCUUCAGUCAAGCGUCUCUUAUCUCCACUAA